GUUUACGCGCCCUGUUCGUUCUUGUUCAGCCUGAGACUUCUGCUCCCAUGUUUUGAGCCCGUUCCAGUGGAAGACAGUUCAAAUAUGUCCACCGGGUCUCUCAGCGAUGUCGACGACGAGCUCCUGGACGGCAUCCUGAAGUUUGGCUCUUCCGGUAAAGACUCCAACGAAAGCACGGAGGAGAGCUCAAACUGCGAGGGCCCCUGCGCAAAUGAGGAACGGAGAGAUGCGCCUGGCAAAAAACGGAAGACAACCUCCAGGAAAACGGCGCCCAAGGGUGUGGCACAGCAGGAGGGCAAGCAGGUGCAGAGGAACGCGGCCAACGCCCGGGAAAGAGCCAGGAUGCGCGUCCUGUCCAAAGCCUUCUCCCGGCUGAAGACCUCCUUACCCUGGGUACCACCGGAUACCAAGCUCUCCAAACUGGACACACUACGUCUGGCGUCUAGCUACAUAGCGCACCUCCGACAGAUACUGGCCAACGACAAAUACGAAAAUGGAUAUAUCCACCCUGUUAACCUGACGUGGCCUUUCAUGGUUGCAGGUAAACCGGAGAACAAUUUGAAGGAGAUGCUGAACUCAACCAGGUUGUGCGGAACUACGGCGUCUUGAUGGAGCUCAGCAGCCAGCUUUUGGCCUUUUUUUAAAGGAACAAUGGGGGGAAAAACUAUAAUGACUGAAAUGCAAGUCUCAUCUCCGCAGACUUUGAGUGGGAAUAAUGGGAGGAGUUUGUCCUCUCUCCUUCGUUCCCGUAAAAAAAAAAAAAAAUCAUUUAUUUAAAUGCAUUGUCAUCUUUUAUCUUUGCUGGUUCAAAGAUAAACUUUGUACUUUAAACUGCUUUUAAAAAAAAUAAUCUGCAGAUGCAUUUUUUUUUUUUACCGGUGCCGGCCUGUUUUUACGACUGUCUUAUGAUGGGUGGAUGAUUAGAUGGAUGGCUGGAUAAGCACAUGAAAAUUUAAGUAUCCACUGUCUCAAAUUGUUGUACAGAUUACAUGUAGUAUAUGAAAUAUAUUUGUACCACUUUUA